CCAGAGCGAGGUAGUGAAGAGAAUAGUCGCGUUAGCCACGGCGGCUCCGCUUUGAGUGUGACUGGCAGCAGUGGUGCAGCUGAGAGCUAAGGGGCCAUUAAGAUCCCCUGAGCUGCGUGAGUGCGGUCACCAUGGACCGCUCGGAUGAGGGGCCUCCGGCCAAGACCCGCCGCCUGAGCAGCUCCGAGCUUCCUCAGCGCGACCCGCCGCCACCACCACCACCGCUCGUGCGACUGCCCCUGCCUCCACCCCAGCAGCGCCCGAGGCUCCAGGAGGAAACCGAGGCGGCACAGGUGCUGGCUGACAUGAGGGGGGUGGGACUGGGCCUCGCGCUGCCCCCCCCACCGCCCUAUGUCAUUCUCGAGGAGGGGGGCAUCCGCGCGUACUUCACCCUGGGUGCUGGGGGUCCCGACUGGGAGUCUACGAUCGAGUCAGGGUAUGGGGAGGCGCCCCCUCCCACCGGGAGCCUGGAUACACUUACUCCUUCUGAGGUCUCUGGGGGAAGCCUGGAAAUCGACUUUCAGGUUACCGAACCCAGCAGCUCUGAAGGAGAGAAGGCCCUAGAAACCUGUAGCGCAGGGGGGUGGGGGCCCCAGAGGUUAGUUGGUCCAAAGAGCAGGGAAGAGGCUGUCAUCCUAGUGGAAGAUGAGGAUGAGGAUGAACUGGAAGGUUUGAGGAGCAGCAGCAGCAGGAGGAGGAGGAGGAGGAGGAGGAGGAGGAAGCAGAGGAAGAUGAAGAAAGAGAGCAAAGAGAGGAAUGCCGAGAGAAUGGAGAGCAUCCUGCAGGCACUGGAGAAUAUUCAACUGGACCUGGAGGCUGUUAACAUUAAGGCAGGCAAGGCCUUCCUGCGUCUUAAGCGCAAGUUCAUCCAGAUGCGAAGACCCUUCUUGGAGCGCAGAGACCUUAUUAUCCAGCAUAUCCCGGGCUUCUGGGUCAAAGCAUUCCUCAACCACCCCAGAAUUUCAAUCUUGAUCAACCAACGUGAUGAAGACAUUUUCCGCUACUUGACCAAUCUGCAGGUACAGGAUCUCAGACAUAUCUCCAUGGGCUACAAAAUGAAGCUGUACUUCCAGACAAACCCCUACUUCACAAACAUGGUGAUUGUCAAGGAGUUCCAGCGCAACCGCUCGGGCCGCCUGGUGUCUCACUCUACCCCAAUCCGCUGGCACCGGGGGCAGGAACCCCAGGCUCACAGGCAUGGGAACCAGGAUGCCAGCCACAGCUUUUUCAGCUGGUUCUCAAACCACAGCCUUCCAGAGGCUGACAGGAUUGCUGAGAUUAUCAAGAAUGACCUGUGGGUCAACCCUUUACGCUACUACAUGAUGAGAGAAGGAGGCUACAGGACAAAUAGGAAGAAGAAAGAAGAGAAGAAAAGUAAAACCAAGGAUGAAUGUGAAGUGGUGAUCAUGGAAGAUGCUUAUGACUAUUAUGCAGUGGAAGACAUUUUCAGUGAGAUCUCAGACAUUGAUGAUACCAUUCAUGACAUCAAGAUCUCUGACUUCAUGGAGACUACUGACUACUUUGAGACCACUGACAAUGAGAUAACUGACAUCAAUGAGAAUGUCUGGGACAGCGAGAGCCCUGACCACAAUGAGGUCCUUGACAACAAGGCCACUGAUAAUGAGAGCACUGAUGAUGAGACCGUUGACAACAAUGAGAGUGCCAGUAACAACAGUGAGAACCCCAAAGACAAUAACAAGAACACUAAUGAUGAGAAUCCUGAUAACAAAAAUGAGAAUGUUGAUGAUGACAGCAAGAACUUCAGAGGUGGCAACCAAGGCAGCAAUGACAACAACCAGGACAGCAGUGACAGUGACAAUGAAGGAGAUGAGGGCAGUGAUGAUGAAGAUAAUGAUGGCAAUGAAGGUGACAAUGAAGGCAGUGAUGAUGAUGGCAAUGAAGGUGACAAUGAAGGCAGUGAUGAUGAUGACAGAGACAUUGAGUAUUAUGAGAAUAACAUCGAAGACUUUGACAAGGAUCAAGAUUACAGCAUCAACCAAGAUGACUAUGAGGACGAGGUAGAGAUCAUCACAGAAGAAUCAGUGGGGGAAGAAGAGGAGGAAGAAGGCAGUGAGCAAGAAGGUGAGGACUUCUAUGAGGAAGGAGGCUAUGUAGAGGAAGGAAUUGAAGAUGACUGGGAUGGAGAAGAUUCCGAAGACUCAGACCUGGAAGAGGUGCUGCAGGUUCCAAAUGUUUGGGCCAACCCUGGGAAGAGGGGGAAAACCGGAUAAACAUAUUACCCUCAAUAAACAUCUUACCCUCGAGGGGAUUGCCUCUCUGUAUCCCCCAACCCCUACCCCAUUUACCCACCCCCUCAGCUAGGGCCACGCGGCCCCACAUUGCACUUCUGGGGGGUGACUGACUUCGUACACGGGUUUAAAGUUUAUUUUUAUGGUUUAGUAAUUGCAGAGUCUUAUUUUGUGGGGAUAUAAAGGAGGAUAACCCCUUUAGACCCUCCCCCACAGGCUUCUGUGUGCUGCUUAAUGUAUUUAUUGUGAUGCCUUGGUCAGGGCUGCUAUAUCCUCCUCUCAUCAGUGUUGGCCCCAGCCCUCUCCCUGUGCUGUAUGGAGUGGACACCCUGAUCCCAAAGCAGGGAGGGCCACUGUGGCCUUCGUCACAGCCACGCAGUGCCCAUGGAGGCACUGCUGCCACCCUGUUCUCCCAAGUUCUCUCCCUCUCUCCCCUUGUUCCCCCUCCAUCCCGCUCCUUUUCCAGUCGUGCCCGCUAGCUGCCUCAGUGUCUUUGCAAGGCCGCUUUACCAUUGCGGUAUUCCUGCUCUCCUCCCCCAGAAGGCCCACCUAUUUCCCUGUGAACCCUGGUAAUCCUAAUAAAAUUCAGAGCAAAUUCAAA